AUGGACGACUAUGGCGUCUACGUUGAUGCUGUGGACAUAGUCUUCGACGAAGAGGAGUUGGAGGACUCAGAUGUUGAACAAGAUGAACAUACAAACACAAAUAAUUCACAUAAGUGCAGAAAUUUUACGGACACUGAAAGGCAACAAAUAUAUGAAGCAUUGCUCGUGGAAAAUUAA